AUGGACCCACCAGGCCUGCCCAAUGACUUUCUGUUCCAGCGCGUCGUCCAUGUUGCCAAUGAGCAUCUCAACAGCAACCCAGUCACACUUCGUGACCACCAAUCCAAUCAGCAAGCAAAUCAUGCAAAGCUUCUAGCUGAUGUGCUCGAGCUGCAGCUCAUCCUCUUCCGAAAACUCUCCCGUGACACACGAAAAGCCCUCAGUGUCGGUAAAGAUGUCUUCAUUCUGGUUUCCGCGCCAGCAGGAUAUGAAUGGCUCGUCGCGUUUUUGACAGUCUUGUCACUCGGUGCAGUGGUAGCACCGAUAUCGACAGAAAUAGAUGAAGCCGAAAUGACCGAGCUUGCAAAUGAAACAGAGGCUGCUGCGAUCCUUCUAGGAAGCCAUUCACCAUUAGUCGCAAAGUCACUGGAUAAAUCUGUUGGAUGCCCUGUGCUAGCAGUCAACGAGUGGCUACUGGCACAAUCAUCAACACCACCAAAGCAAUUUCAAAUCAAUACCGAGCAUACUUUGGACGCAAAAUCUGCCGGUUACUUGCUGUUCACCAGUGGCAGUACAUCAAGACCAAAAGGCGUCCUACAUUCACGGAAGACAUUCACCACAGUCCUCGGCGGCCUUCUCCAAACGGGAAUUCUGACUGAGCAAGAUUCCAUGGUGUAUACCUUUGCUUCCAAUUUAGCAUCAGGUAUUGUGUAUUGUCUCUAUACCCUAGUGGCUGGAGCAAAGAUCGAAUUUUCCGCCGGAGUGUGGUCACCAGAGUGGAUGUGGGACAAAAUUCGGGAGGAACGAGCGACAGUGAUUGUUGACCAGCCCUCUCGCUAUAAGGAACUUGCCGACUAUUACUGGAAAACCCUGUCGUCCCUCCCUCAAGACAAGAAAGAUGGGUACCUGAAAGGGCUGUGUGGUCUACGCUGGCCCGCCGUCAGUGGCUCCCAGCCAACAGAAUUGCUGCGAAAAGGCUGGAAUUCUAUCCCUGGGGCCACCCAUCUCAUCAACAGUUAUGGGAUGACAGAGGUUUCGGGAAUCACUGGCCUUCCACCAACGGGCGAGGACCCCUCUGAUAAAUGCACUGGUUAUUUGCUUCCCGGUGUUGAGGCAAAUCUAAAGGAUGGGGAGAUAGGGGAGUUGCUAGUUCGCACCCCAAACAUGUUCAUGGGUUAUUUCAAGCGACCCGAUCUUACCGAUAUGGCCUUUGACGAGAGUGGUUUCUUCCGAACUGGGGAUAUUUUCCAGCGAAAGGGAGCAAAAUAUUAUAUGUAUGGACGGGCAAGUGUCGACGGUAAGAGAUCAGAAGUCUGUCUUUGGGCUUUGUUUCAUCCGCUAAUCAUAACCAAAGUCAUCAAUAAGCAGGGACGUCUUGUCUUCGCUGCAGAUGUCGAGGGUCCAAUUCUGUCUCUGCCAUAUGUUCAAGAUGUUUAUGUAGUGCCCAUCACACAACUCAAUUCGACCGAAAAGCAGAUCGCAGCCGUGAUUCGCCCAACAAAGGAGGCAGCUUCGACUGUGCACAUCACGGUUGAUCGCCUUCGUGCCGACCUGCGGGAUUCGGGAUUGGAAGAAGAUCAAAUCCCAGUCGCCAUCCAGAUCACCACGCCAGACACACCUCUACCAAUCGGGACUGGCGGCAAAAAGGGUAAGGCUCAGGUGAUCAAGCAAUACUUCCCAGAUGGGUGGGUGACGUCCUUGGACCGUGAGAAAGCGUGA